AUGAAGUUGGCGAUAUUCUUAGUAGUUUGUUUUACGGCGCGCAUUGCGCGAGUGGAUUGCACGAGAUUGCUCUACAAAAACGUCGAAACGUUUGACUUUGAAAAUGAAAUAGACAGCGGCGAGCAGGGAAAGUCGCGAUCCAACCGUACCGUAGAGAGGAUAAAUCUUACAGUCCCUGGAACGAAGUGGUGUGGCCCAGGAAAUACUGCUAGCGACUACGAGGAUCUUGGUUCCAACUCGGAAGUAGACGCUUGCUGUCGUGACCACGACCACUGCGAUAACAUCCCAGCCGGGGAAACUAAGUAUGGACUUAAAAAUAACGAUUACUUCACUAGGCUCCACUGCAAAUGUGACCGAGACUUCCAAAAUUGUCUGCGCAGAGUCAACACUACGUUUUCCAACAAACUUGGCAACUUUUACUUCACCGUCCGCGAUCAGUGCUACAAGAAGCAGCAUCCCAUUGUCGAUUGUGCUGAGCAUACGAAUAAAGUUUUUCUGCGACGAUGCGUGCGCUACACACUGGACACCUCCCGGAGUGAUAUGUGGCAGUGGUUCGAUCUCCCGUUCUACGAUGGCAACGUGUUGGACGGUUUUUAAACGGAUCGGGGAAAACUAACGUCAACCAUGUUUAUUCGUUGCUCAUAAUUCGCUCGUACAACUGCCACACGUUGCAGGUCUUUAGAAUCGUUACAGUUUAAUCACAUGUUAGCCUAACGACGAACUGAUAUCAGACGCCACACGAGCUCGAUGCGUCACACCCUAGCACGGGUCUCGGGA